AAGCUCCUAGCCAGCGUGAUUUUUCCGAAAACAUCGUUAUAUUUUAACCAAUUUACACAAAACCUUAACAACUCUAUUGAUAGAUGGAAGUCGUAUGAAAAUCCGGGGACGAGACAAGGGCCCUCCUGCGAUCACCUCCGCCAUUAGUCAAUUGAGAGAUUGGCGCGUCGAGCGUGCAGAGCUGCAGUCGCGCAGAAACCUCGCGGGCCCGUGCCAGCGCCCUAGCCACCUGGACUUCAUCUGUUCCCGCCAAUAAGAACUUUUCAAAAUGUUCCUCCUUAGAGCUAAAAUCCUCUUAGGAUUGUUCCUAGUAUUCUGGUUUAUAAUCGACCCGGCAAGUGCGCGUCGUGGACGUUCUAGAGGCAGAACGAAAUCCAAGGUGCAAAUUGGCUUACCUAUUACUGGGAAAUAUAGAGACCCGGAAUCUGAUCAAUAUUACAACAACAACGAUGGAGCCAAGAUCCUGCUGGCUUCGCACUUCGAUCUCGAGUACGUCUUGGGCCACAAGAUCGCUUUCCUCUGCAUUGCCAAGGGCUCACCGCGUCCUCACAUCACUUGGUUUAAAGACGGCGUCGAAAUUUUUGCUCAUCAUUAUCUUCACAUUCACGAGUGGCCGAUCGGCGAGGACCGCGUCAAGUCCAAGAUCGAGAUCGACCCGGCCACGCAGAUGGACGCCGGCGUGUACGAGUGCACCGCCGACAACAUGUACUCUAUCGACCGCCGCUCCUUCAAGACCGACUUCUCCAUUGCCUUCGAUUAGACGUGCUACUGGCGCCUCAGGCGUGUCUCGUGGUACACUGUGCCGUGCAAUUAUCGUGCCGCUUACGAAGGAAACCACAAUCACUUUGUCCACAAUAAACGUUUUUUUUUUUUUUUUAAGACAGACUUAUCUGGAGCCUAUUUGACCAAGUAGAUCGUUGAUAAUGUAUAUGACUUUAUCCAUACAUGCCGACAACUAGUUUUUGGUCCAAUCCAAUGGGCAUAUAUGGGUUAGAAGUAGUAACUGAUUCCACAAACAUAAUAUCUAUUGUAUCCCAGAAAAAUAUACCAGGCCCGUGCACAGAGAUUUAAAAAGCGCACGGCCUGUGACGUCACAUCAUGAAUAAAUAAGUUAAAUUGAUAAUUACCAUUUUGUUCUCUCCUUGUAACACAAGAAAUGUGAUAAAUUAUUAUAAUUUCAUUUGCACGAUUUAAUCGUUAUUGCUGCGAUAUAACCUUUUCUAAAUUAAUUUGUUGUCUAGUUAACUUAAUGUCUAAUAGGUAUACAAUCACAAAUUCCUGUACCUUUCUAAAAUCGAUAGAGAACGACGGUUGUCUAAGUACCACCCGUCGUCGUCCAUAUCAACUUGAAUUGUCUUUGUUAGAUGACAUUAGUUAGUUAGUGACAAUGAAUUUUUUUAAAAAUGAGCAAAUUGUAAUUGUAGCAGCUUGGUUCCCGAUAUUCGGGCUCAUGAGCACGGCACGACGUAACGGAAUCAUCCUCAGAGCGUUACUCUACAUUUGUACUGAUUUGUUCUUAAGUUACUUGCGUUCAUACGGGUGCUCUGACAUUGGAACUUAAUAUAAGGACUGUUUACCUCCUCAUGUACUCUCCCUCCUCCUCCUCUCAUUUUGUAUGACAAUUACAAUAUAAUUGCCGGUGCCUGACAAGCACCAAAGUUCGAAUGGCAGAAGCACUCUAUACCUACAAGAUCCCGAAUCAAUAUUGUUAUAUGCUAAAAUAGAAUAUUUUUUUGUCCUAGCAUUAUAAUAGUACCUCUGUAUGAUAUCAUUGAACAUAAAAUGGCGUAUAAUUUUA